UGUGCGCGCGCGCGCGUUGUCUCUGUGCAGUGUCUCAGCUGCGGUGUGUCGGACUCUUUCCUCUCUUCGGACUCUGAAGGACCAUGCCCCCCUUCCAGCAGCAGGACUGUCUCUGCUCCUCUUCAGGGUUACUACCUGACAUGAAGGACUGAAGUGUGAGGACGCAGCGCCCCCCGCUGGACUCCUGCUGCACCUGCAGGCCAUGGCUGAGCCCAGCUACUCUGACCUGAUCGCCAAACACUACAACUACACCGGCAAGUUCCGCAAGACACAGCAGGACUCGGGCCUGAAGGCCGACUCGGUGGUCUUCAUCAUCGUGUGCUGCUUCAUCAUCCUGGAGAACAUCCUGGUCCUUGCCACCAUCUGGAGGACCAAGAAGUUCCACAAGCCCAUGUACUACUUCAUCGGGAACCUGGCGCUCUCCGACCUGCUGGCUGGCGUUGUCUACACCGCCAAUAUCCUGCUGUCGGGCGCCAACACCUACAAGCUGACGCCCACGCAGUGGUUCUUCAGGGAGGGCAGCAUGUUCGUGGCGCUAGCAGCGUCUGUCUUCAGCCUGCUCGCCAUCGCCAUCGAGCGCCACCUGACCAUGCUGAAGAUGAAGCUCCACAACAACGGCAACACCUGCCGCGUCUUCCUGCUCAUCAGCACGGUGUGGAUGAUCGCAGCGGUGCUGGGCGGCCUGCCGGUGAUGGGCUGGAACUGCAUCCAGAGCAUGACGCAGUGCUCUACCGUGCUGCCGCUCUACCACAAGACCUACAUCCUGUUCUGCACCACCGUCUUCAGCAUCAUCCUCAUGGCCAUCGUGGUGCUCUAUGCUCGCAUCUACGCGCUGGUGCGCACUCGCAGCCGCAAACUCGUCUUCCGCAAGGUGUCCAACGGCCGCGGCAACGCCGGCACCAACAUCAAGAGCUCGGAGAAGUCGAUGGCGUUACUGAAGACCGUCAUCAUCGUCCUGAGCUGCUUCAUCGCCUGCUGGGCACCGCUCUUCAUCCUCCUGCUACUGGACGCGGCCUGUGAGACGCUGAGCUGCCCGAUCCUCUACAAGGCCGAGUGGUUCCUGGCGCUCGCCGUCCUCAAUUCCGCCAUGAACCCGCUCAUCUACACGCUAACCAGCAACGAGAUGCGCCGUGCCUUCCUCAAGACGCUGCUGUGCUGCACCGCCUGCGUCCGGCCGAAUGCCAAGUUCACAGGUCCAAUCAUGGGGGCAGAGUUCAGCCGCAGCAAGUCGGAUAACUCCUCCCACCCCAACAAGGAGGAGGCGGAGUACUCGCCGAGGGAGACAACGGUGGCGUCCUCAGGGAACGUCACCUCGUCAUCCUAAACGAGUCAUAGCACGUCAGACGUAGAGUUUGUGUUUGUACAGGAAACAGGUGUGAACGGCGCCAGGCGGCGUCUUCAUGGAACCUUCAGCACUUACAGAGAAUUUCAGACUGGUUGAACUGGGACCAGUGACCCCGCCUACAGAGGAGGUCCGCACUUUGUAAGAAGCUCACACCUGUAACAUGUCAUCAGCUCACCUGCAGCUGUCAGUGAGGAUCCAGGUCACAUGACUGAGGCAGGAUGACGGUUUCCAAUAAUCAGUAUCAGUGAUCGACAGAUCUGAGCUCCGUAGAAAGUGACAGACAUUUUACUGACCGUCUAAGAACAAGUAGAAUCUGUAGAUGUUAAACACGCCGUGGGAAAAUAUUUAAGACGACAAAUUAAUUUAUUCUGUCCUUUCAAAAUAAAAUCACACCUGAGGUCAGAGUUCAGGUGCUUCUCAUGACCUCAUCGCCACACGUGACGCCACACAUCCUGUUUAAAGAUGAAGGGAAGUUUCUGUGGUGACGAACAUCAGAGACUGAAGCUGCAGAGCUGCAGUCUGAAAACUGUUUCCUCAUGAGUUGACGCUUUGACGACUGACGGCGUCUCUGCAGGACGUCAGAAGUGAAUCCAUGAUUAAAGAUCAAAUCGCCUGACUGACACAGAAAUACUUCAUCAUAACAAACAACCAACAAACACAAAAACAGGAAGUAAAAAUCAAAUCUGAAACUCUAAACUUCAUCAUCUAUAUUUCAUGAUACACUUUAAACAAACUUUAAUAAUAACUUUUAUUCAUAAAACACUUUUUUAAGGUUAAAACUUUGAAAGGAAAAAGUUUUUACAGUCUACAGAAACACAACAGCUGAUCAGAGUCAGGUGAUGACAUGAAAAGUUUCUUGUUAUAAGAAGAUGUUUUUCACUCUUUCACAAAAUGAUGUCAUUUUAGAACAAGAAACUUUUCAUGUUAAAAAAAACUUCUCACUAGAACAAUAUUCUUAUUUAUUUAUAAAACAUAAAAAGUUAAACUUUAUAUGUUGGAGAAGGAGGCGGCGGUGUGUUCAGGGACCACAAACACAUUAAAACACCGACUGGUUUCCACCCUCAGGUCACCAGAUGAAGAUCUCAGGCUCGUAACCAGUCGCUGUUUCAAUGCGAGCGUGUCUCAAGUUCAUUUUUCCUCCCAAACUUUUCAUGUUCAUCCCAGAAACGCAUCGCUGUUGCUUUUAACAUUCUGCGCCUCCAUGUGAUCGUCCUCUGUGUGACAGACAACAUCAGAUCACGUGUAUCAAACAGCUCUGAGAACACACCUGAGCAGGUGAAGGUGUUAAAGUAAUCAGUAACUGUGGGUCAGGCUGGUGUGCAGCAGGUGAAAUGUAAAUAAAGGAAACACGUGUGUUUAAAGAUGAUGUCACACGAAGCAGCCGAGAAAAGAACAAACUGAUAAAACUGAAACAGUUUUGGUGCAGAUAAAGUAGAGACAUGGUGAUAACAGAACCAGGGGCCUCGUAGUCGGGGGGGUGAAGUGGGACUGAUUACCAGGGGCCCCAAAGGAAGUGGGGCCCUCAAAGAACCUGGAAUCAAAAGUCUUUUUUAUUUCCAAGGACUUUGUGUUGUAACUGAAUCAAAGUUGGCUCAUCAGUGGAAUGACUGAACUUUGUUUAAAAAGAUAGAGGAUGCUCUCUGAGGCUCCGCCCACCCCUCAGGGGCCAAACACACGCUGCAUUUUUUGUGCCCUCAAAUUCAUUGUUUUCAAUAUAGACGUGCGGCAGGCGCACUGAAGUGCCAGAGUGACGCCAGAGCUGUGGCACACAUUCCCAAGCGCCUUCUUUUCAGGGCACAACAGCUGCUCCCUGAGACAAACAGAGUUCAAUCUUUGGAACGCAGCAGCGUGCACCACGUCACCACGUGACGAGGACCGACCAAUCACAGCCCACAGAUAUCUUUCCUGCUUGAGUAAAUAUCAGUGUGUGAUUAAUAUGGAGGAGAAGUUGAUCAUGUUAGUGCAGAGCUGUCAGAGCGUCACAUCUGUCCUACAGACACACAGGAAGUAGAUCAGCUCUGACCUCAGGCUUUCAGGUAAACAGGCUGUGAUACUGUGCUGUUAUGGUCACUUAGCAACCUCAGACACAACCUGCCACCAUGUUCUUGAAAUUUGUCACAGAGUAGCGCCCGUUAAAGACGCGGCAUGUGAACGACCCCGAAAAGCUCCAGUGAGUCAGAUUCAGUGUCAUCUGUCAGCGAGGAUUACAGAUGACAGAUGACAGACUACAGAUUACACAUCACAGAUCACAGAUUACAGAUGACAGGUUACAGAUGACAGAUUACAGACUACAGAUUACACAUCACAGAUUACAGAUUACAGAUGACAAAUUACAGAUUACAGAUGACAGAUUACAGAUGACACAUGACAGAUGACAAAUUACAGAUGACACAUGACAGAUGACAGAUUACAGAUGACAAAUUACAGAUUACAGAUGACAAAUUACAGAUGACAGAUGACAGAUUACAGAUGACAAAUUACAGAUGACAGAUUACAGAUUACACCUGGACUGGUCUCUAAACACAGGUAGAGUGCAGGGAGUGAGUGACUGCAGCACUAACAUACUCCAUCAAGUCUUUCCUUGAUGCACAGAGUCCAGAAUCUGGUGCAACGCCCCGACUACAAACAUGUGACUACUGACACACACACACACACACACACACACAC